AAUUUUCUGCUGGAAUUUUACAGGAUCCUUUAUUCAGCAAUGAUAGACCACAAUAUUUGAACUUUCCUGCCAUAGGCAACGUAAUUGGUCAUGAAAUUGUACAUGGAUUUGAUGACUUAGGUCGACAGUUUGAUAAAAAUGGUAACAAUAUUAACUGGUGGGACCAGGAAACAGACAAGAGUUUCAGACAAAAAGCUCAGUGUAUCAUAGACCAAUACAACAAUUAUACUGUUGGAAAUGGAGUAAAGAUAAAUGGCGUUCACACCCUAGGAGAAAAUAUGGCUGACAUUGGUGGUAUGAAAGUCGCUUAUAAGGCCUAUCAGUCGUGGGCAAGCGAUUAUGGAAUCGAGCCAAGUUUACCGGGGUUGAAUUACACCCCAAAACAGCUGUUUUGGAUAAGUGCAGCAAAUGUUAUGUGCAGUAAAUUCAGACCGGAAUUUCUAAUGGCAUUCAGUACGCUUGGGAUAGGAACACCAGCAAUGUUUCGAGUGAUAGGACCUAUGUCUAACCUACCAGAAUUUGCCGAAGAUUUUGGGUGCUCUCCAGAUUCAUCAAUGGUUAGAGAAAACAAAUGCGAAGUUUGGAAGAAAAUUAAACCGAAAUUUUCAAAUUUGAAGAAUAGAUUUUAUUAGUAUAUUACUAUUAUUUUGCUGGUAUUGUUUAAGCAAACGUUGCAUAUAUAUUGCAAGCUAAAUUUUAAAUGUUCUACAAU